UCUUCCUUUUCCGCCAUCUUGCUGCACCGGCACCAUGGUGCGCAUGAACGUUCUGGCCGAUGCUCUCAAGAGCAUCAACAAUGCAGAGAAACGUGGGAAACGCCAGGUCCUCAUCAGGCCCUGCUCCAAGGUCAUCGUCCGCUUCUUAACCGUCAUGAUGAAGCACGGUUACAUUGGUGAAUUUGAGAUAAUUGAUGAUCACAGAGCUGGGAAGAUUGUUGUCAAUCUCACAGGCAGACUCAACAAGUGUGGUGUGAUCAGUCCCAGAUUUGAUGUUCAGCUGAAGGAUUUGGAAAAGUGGCAGAACAACCUGCUGCCUUCACGUCAGUUUGGGUACAUUGUACUGACAACCUCAGCUGGCAUCAUGGACCACGAGGAGGCUAGGCGAAAACACACAGGAGGCAAAAUCCUGGGAUUCUUUUUCUAAACCUUGUAAAAAAAAGAGGAUACUUAAUAAAUUGUUCA